CGGCGAGAUCAAGCUCCGGGCCCGCGCCCCCGACGGCCGGCCAGAGCAGCCCCAUGGCAGAGCAGGUGGCCCUGGUGAUUGGGGGCAUCCUUGGGGGGCUGCUGCUGCUGCUGCUGUUGAUUGGGGUGAGCUACUAUCUCUGGAAGAAACUCUGUGCCACGUUCACCUAUGAGGAGCUGUCAGGGACCACAGCUGCUUCCAGCGCACAGGGAGACACGAUCUGCCCCCCGGAUGCCAGGACCCAGGCAAGCAGGCCACCAGGUGUACCAUUUGUGGUGCCCCCUUCCCUCCAAAGCCGAGACUGGGUACCCCUGAACAGCGGAGAGUGGGCCCAGGUCCCACAGGACCCCUACCCAGCCCUGAAGCUCCUGCCCCACACCACCAGCAGCAAUCUUGGAGAUGCAUGCGUGGCAGGGACCAUCAACCCUGAGCUCUACAAGAUCCCAGAGGACAAAAGUGAGGCUGACUUCCCUGAGGGCUGCCUGGGACGGCUGUGGUUCUCUGUGGAAUACCAGCAGGAGGCCGAGCGGCUGCUGGUGGGCCUGAUCAAGGCGCAGCGGCUGCACACCCCCUCAGAGAACUGUGGCCUCCUGGUGAAGCUCCACCUGCUGCCGGAUGAGCGGCGCUUCCUCCAAUCUAAGACCAAACGCAGAACCAGCAGUCCACAGUUCGACGAACAGUUCAUCUUUCAGGUAUCCAGCAAGAGCGUCACCCAGAGGGUGCUGAGAUUCUCAGUGUACCUCGUGGACAGGCAGAGGAAGCAUCAACUCCUUGGCCAGGUGCUGUUCCCCCUCAAGAAGGAGACACUGGCGGGCAACUGCCGGCACAUCCUCUGGAGAGACCUGGAAGCCGAGAGCCUGGAGCCUCCCUCCGAAUUUGGUGACCUCCAGUUCUGCCUCAGCUACAAUGACCGUCUGAACCGCCUCACCGUGGUCGUGCUGCGAGCCAAGGGACUCCGGCUCCGGGAGAACACGAGUUUUGUCAGUGUGUUUGUCAAAGUGUCUCUGAUGAACCACAACAAGUUUGUCAAGUGCAAGAAGACGUCGGCUGUGCUGGGCUCCACCAACCCUGUGUACAGUGAGACCUUCAGCUUCAAAGCCAACCCCGCUGAGCUGGACACUGCGAGCCUCAGCCUGACCGUGCUGCAGAGUGCCGAAGGGGACAGGAGUCACGAGCUGGGCCGAGUGGUGGUGGGCCCCUACAUGUACACCCGCGGCAGAGAACUGGAGCACUGGAAUGAGAUGCUUAGCAAACCCAAGGAGUUGGUGAAACGCUGGCAUGCACUUUGCUGCACCACUGAGCCCUAACCAGGGCGGGGAACUCAGGUCUGCUCCAGAAAUUCUCUCUUCCCAUAGCCAUGCCUGCCACAAGCCAAGCGACAAGCUUGAACACUGCAUCCAGCAUCUCACGGGGCUUCAGGGCCACCCUGAGCUGGGGGAAUAUGUAUGUUGAUGUAUAGGAGAGAAGAGGGGACAAGAGAGCCCUGGCCUGGGCAGUCGUGUGACUGGUGGGUUACAUCUCAGCAGCCCGAGAGGCUCUUCUUGACUUACUCUCUCCUUCUUUGCCCAUGGGGCUGCCUGGGCUUAGAAUCCUGGCUCCUGGUCAUCCCAGUCUUGAAUUGGACUGGAAACUCAGACAUUGAGAAGAAAUAGUCUCUUUAGUGAAAGCGUAGCUGUACAUGUGUGGAGUGCCGUGGAAACUUGGAAAGCUGAUGAUGUGUUAAUAUUCAGCCUACACUUUUUUCUGCUGUUGUUUCUCUACCUUCUGCCUGGCAGAGAAGACAAGUUGUCUAAAGGGUUUACUUCAGUUGGUUCGCAAUAAAUAUCAGGUUGGUACAAUAGUAA